UUCAUAUACCAGGAAUACGAGCCUUGGCCAAGGGGAAUCCUGAAUCCGGAUGAUUUCUAUGGUAGUCGAUGGGACUACAAUCUAAGCCGAAUUCAGAGAUCGAAAAAAUCGGUCGCGUGAGUGGAAAGAUCAGCAUUUGCAGAAAUUGACCACCAUCUUGAAUGCUGAAGUGCCUGUUCUCAUUUCGAGGGACCAACGUCGAUAGUCGUGUUCAGCAGGUACCAAUUAGUACAAAAAACCUUGUCAAAUAUUGUCUGAAAUGCCCCUAUAGGACUCGGAAGCUUUGAAAAGCGAACCAGUCUAUUAGGAGUAUACCUAAUACCCUCUGUACGUUCCAGAAAAGGUUCAAGUUUUCGGGAGGAAGAACUGAACUGGAACUGGAACACAUUCUAUAUAAUUCUUCACAAUUCGUUUUGGCUGAAAGGUAGCUUUGAUAAUGACCUUUCAACUUGGAGAUCAUAGGUACCUAAUUAAAUUAAAGAUGUAAUUAGUGUAGAUGAGUGCAGGGCAGUUACCUACAUAUUUUCUUGUACCUCUUGACCAAUACUUCAUGCUGGUUCAUCUUUAGGUGCGUAUAGUAUUUGAGGAGGAUAUAUACUUUGUAUCUAUUAAUCGAACGAAGACUGAAACGAAGAGCUAUCGCUGUUGGUAGUAUCUGGAUGCAUUAUAAUUGUGUAUAAACUAUAGUAAGAUUUCAGAUUAAUUAAUUUUUACAAUUUGGGGCUGCGAUAAUUAUUGUAAAAAAAUUGUGCGCAACUGCGGCUCUUUUGAUAUUGUUCCCAAGAGGGUCCCCACGUGUCUGUAGCCCUCGUAACAAAAAUGUGAAAAGCACAUCGCCCCGCUGCGUAUAUCCCUUAAAGAAAUCCCUCGUAAAGCGACGCUCCAGUCGAACACUGAAAUUGCGCACUCCUUAGUGCCUCUCUGAUGGGAGGCUGUAAAGAUGGGAAACACGAAACUGUAUUGCGUACGAUUGCCUAGUUGACAUUAAAUUGGAAACGGUACGGGAGAAAGAUGCUUUUGUGUCCACGAUAUUGAAUUAAAAUAAGUAAGAAAUGUUGUCGGCGUUUCUGAAAAGUGUUGACUGGCUUGUUGUAAUUCACGCGCACAUCUUAACGAAGGAAGGCUGUUGCACCUGGUUGCUUCGCUUUUAGUUCAAUUCGUUCAAUGGAGAUACUUGUAUCGUAAUCGUCGUAGAUUCGUGAAGUGCGAUACAAAUAAAACAAAACAGUAUGUCCUUAUUAAUCGUCGUCUAAUUGCACAUUUGCAGUUCUUCGCAAUUUCCGCAGCGUUCGCGCGUUCUAUAAAAAUUAAGUGAAAGUUUUAGUUCCGCAUUUUUAAGAUGCGAUUUAGUGAAAAAUUCUUGCCAGAGUGAGGAUAGUUUUUGAUUUACAAUUACAUACUGUAAUGAACAGUUGGACGUCUAGCUGUAAUUCUGCUCAUAUGGCCAGUAAUCUCAUGAGAUGGUGGAGGAGUAAAUUUUAUAAGGGUUACAAACCCUUUACAGUGGGAACUAACGUAGAACCACCCGUAUCUGAUUCAGAGGAAUUGUUGGGAAUAAGAAGUAACGAUUGCCGCAUUUCAUGUACCACACCACCCCUAGCUCCUCCUCAUUCCAGCACUACAUCUUUACCAAUCAUUUCUGAUUUACAACCGCCACCCGAAGAGAAUGGAGCACAUCGUCUAAAUUUACAGGAAUUCUCGUGCAACGUUUCUCUCGAGGAAGCACCAGGUCCAAAACUGCAAGAUAGACAAGAAUUUUCAUUCACUCUUUACGACUUUGAUGGUCAUGGAAAAAUAACUAAAGAUGAUAUUUCCGGUCUAGUAACUACAAUAUAUGAAGCUCUCGGAUCAUCGAUAAAGGUGCCGCACUGUGGAAGUAAAACAAUUAAAGUCAAAUUAACUGUUUCCCCUGACCUACGGAAACAUGUCAGUACAUCUGUUACAAACAAUCAGCCUACUGUUGAGGAUAAAGCGCUAGACAAGAAACUAAAUCUGAAUGUUACUAUAAAAAGUGAAGCAAAUGAGAAGAAAAUUAACAAAAGUCUUGAGAAUCGGAAACACUAUUGCUGUAGGAAGUUAAAUGAAGAGUUUGAACCAGCAGUUGACAAUUCGGACGAUCAUUCCGAUCUGUGCAGUAGAAUAUCUACAGAUGCUGUGGAAAUGGAGGACGGCUGUGAUGGCUCCGAAGAGUACGUUUGUAAGGGCACACCUGAGCAAAAUCACACUAAAACUACGGCCUCAGAUGAUGUCAAAAAACAUUGCAAAAGUUUUUUACACACAAAGAAAGUCAAGAAAAGAAACAUUCAAAAACAUGAUGAGCUUGAACUACAAACGAAUAUGGAUAGUAGUAACUCAAGUUUUUAUAUGAGCAGAAAACUCGGCAAUGAUCACAGUAAUGUUGAGAAUAAUCAGUCGCCCCAACAAGACUUUAAACAUCAUCGACAUCGUCACAAUAAAUCGGGGCACUCAGACAAUACUCCUCUUCAUUGUUUAGCUAACGUAGACCCCACACAUUUUUACGUUGAUUUAAUGGCAUUGCAGAAUAACACUCAAAUAUCUAACGGCGAUUGCCAUUAUGACAAAUUAGUGGAUGCAGUGAUGUGCGUUUCAAAUAAAAAACUGUACGACUGUUAUAAAAAACAUAAUAUGAAAAACUGUGAUGUUUCUUCUAAUGCUCCAUUUCACUGUCGGCUAUUAGAAGGUAAAACGAAUAGUACAAAACAUGUAAAUAAACCUAUUAAAAAACAAAUGAAAAAACAAAGUGACAUUGAAACUACACCAAAACAGAGCGUAAGAAAAUUGCCCCGUGUUGUAGUGGGUCAUACUUCAUCUCCGCAUCAUUUGCGACAUCGAAAUCGGCAAGAAGACCAAGCCAGGGCGAUGGCACAGGUUGUUCGAUGGUUGGAACAAGAGUUUUCAAAUAACCUUUACACUAAUAUUGGAGAGGAUAAGACUAAAAUGGGUAAUUGCGAAGAAACAGGCGCCAAACAGCACUCUUGUGGGACGAUGAAGAAUCACAACAACUGCUCAGAAUAUCACGAGUACCGCCACGUUCACGAACACAUCCACCACCACUAUCAUCACUAUCAGGAAUCCUCAGUGGUAUAGCAGUUAAUCAAUUUAUAUUUGUUACUUAUCUCAUAGCAAUUAAACCAAAUAUUAUUUGGCCACGUUUAAUUACAAAACAGAAGUGCCUCGAUAUUGAAACUAUUUUUAUAAAUAUAUAUAUGUAUACAGAUUUAUUUUCCUAAUCAAUUUUUAUGUGGUGCAGAUCACGUCGGUAUAUACAUGGUAAUGUAGCCACAUUUUUCGAGUUGAAACAUUAUAAAAGCGCGGUAGUAUUUAUGCAAUGUUCCAUAAUCUUUAAUUUAUGUGAACUAGCUUUUUAAUUGAUUUGUAGACGACUCCUUUAAUUGUUAGUUUCCAUAUUUUGAGUUGUAUUUGUAGUAAACCUACAAUUUUACUACAAAUCACGUUCUCAGUAAAAUUUUCAUUCUGAAUAUGCCCCGAGUUGGGUCCUCUUUUUUGACUUUAUUUUUAUUAUCAAUUGUACAAUAUUUGAAAAUGUGUUACGAAUCCAAAAUUUAAUUUGCUCAUCCCGUCCUCUUCCGCCUGUUCAAAAUUGCAGCGGUACUUUAAUUUUUUUUUUCAUUUAUCUUCGCAAACUACAUAGGCACAAGCGCCAAGUUUGAUCAUAUUUUUUCUCAUUUGAAAUUGUAUAAAGCUACAGAUCAUAAUAUUUAUAUUAAAUGAAAAAUUAUAAACAUAUUGAAAUGUUUAGUGAACAUGUCGGGUUAUUUCAAAGUUUUUUAGAUUAUUUAUUGUGUAAGGACAACAUUUAGAACUCGAGGUUAGAUAAAUCUGAAACUUCUUAUAUACCCAAUGAUACUAUUAUACGCCAGUUCAAUUUAACUUUGAUUAAUUUCAUAUUAUAAAAAGUUUGAUGAUUAAUUUAUGGAUGUUUCACAUAAUAUGAUGUGGUUUACUAGUAGAACCCUUCCGAAUAUGUUGCCAAAUCUAAAAUUGAGAUAAGUUUAAAUGUUUUGUAUACUUUGCCCUGAUUAAGGGUUGUAGUUUGGAAUUUACUCUGGUGUUUGAUAACUCGAACCAACCUAACUUUAAAUGAGGCAUUUAGGCUUAGUGAAAUUUCAAUUUGCUGUAAGACAGCACUUCAAGGAUAAUUAAUUGAUCGUGAAACGGUUUAAUUUGAUUCUUAGGAUAUUUGUUAUACCAAUAUGUUACCUAUACAGACGAAUUUAUUUAUAAUUUACUAAUUUCUUUUCACUAAUUUUGUACCUAUGUUAUAUUACAAUCUUGCCAUAAUUAUGUAAGUACUUAACCUUCCUCAAUUGUACAGAGAAAAGUGUAUUUAUUUAGUAUGGAUCCGUCCUGUAUAUUCAAUUGUAUUAUAAUUUAGACAAUAACAAAAUAGACUGUGCACAUUGUAUAUAGUUGGCAUACUUUACAUAUUUUGUAAAACUAGUCUGCCAAACUUGUAAUAAAAUAUGCGAAAAUUAUUUUGUUAUUAUCGUAACAGGGCUCUGUAUAAAUUAUGUACGCCUAAAUUUUAAUAUUCACUUUUAAAAAAAAUUAUAUUUCUAAAAACACUUUUAAUUUAAAGGUGUACAGCUUUUUGACAACACAACUUUGGCGUUUUCUGUAUUGUUAGUUAAUCAUCAUACUCCUUAUUUAGAAAUAUAUUUUUAAAGUAUUUAAACGUACUACCUCUAUUACUAAUACGUAGCGUAAUAAUAUGUGAUGAAUGUGUGAAGUUUUUGUAUUGUAGUGGUUUUUGUAAUGUUGCACACGAUUACUCAAUUA